AUGCCGGGUACCCUGCAACCAAGAAAAACCACUAGAGGACGUGCUGCUCCAGCUCGAUAUAUGGAAAUGUCUCAAAAAGUUGACUUUACAACGUGCGGAUGGCUACUAACCAUUUUCUCCUACGUUUUGGCUCUUCUAACUCUCCCGUUAUCAAUAUUUCUAUGCGUCAAAGUUGCUCAAGAAUAUGAAAGAGCUGUCAUUUUUCGACUAGGACGCGUAAAACCUGGCGGAGCGCGCGGGCCUGGAUUGUUUUUUGUUGUACCUUGCAUUGAUUCGUAUAAAAAGAUCGAUUUGCGAACAUUAUCUUUCGAAGUUCCUCCUCAAGAACUGCUGUCAAAAGAUGCUGUAACCGUCGCUGUCGACGCUGUCGUCUACUUCCGAAUCUCAAAUGCAACAAUAUCUGUAAUUAAUAUUGAGGAUGCUGCAAGAUCGACCAAAUUAUUGGCACAAACGACAUUAAGAAAUAUUUUGGGAACCAAGACACUUACUGAAAUGCUUUCAGAUCGUGAUGUGAUUUCUCUUCAAAUGCAGGCAACCCUUGAUGAGACCACUAUUCCGUGGGGCGUCAAAGUGGAGCGUGUCGAGAUGAAGGAUGUCCGCCUUCCGUACCAAUUGCAGCGAGCGAUGGCUGCUGAAGCAGAGGCGACACGAGACGCUUGCGCCAAGGUCAUCAUGGCCGAAGGUGAGCAAAAGGCGUCAAGAGUGCUCGCCGAAGCCGCCGACGUGAUUUCCACAUCGCCAUGCGCCAUUCAGCUACGCUAUCUUCAAACUCUUAACAGUAUUAGUUCGGAGAAAAACAACACAAUUGUAUUCCCAUUCCCAAUGGAAAUGAUGAGCAAAUUUAUUCAACAGUACAAACAGCCAAUUAUUAAACGGUUAAAACAUCUGCACAGCUAG